AUGGUUCAAAGUAUGAGACCACUUUCUCCCUUUAGUAUAACACAAGAGGCACCUCCCCUCCACCGCAACAGAAGGGCAAAUGCAGCAUGGCAUGACCCGCUGCCGGACCCGCUAGCACCAGAUGACUCCAUCGAUGAAGGGCAACCUUUUGCCUACGAACGCCAAUCUCGAGCAGGCCCAUCUACUGCCAUGGAAACAUCUACUUCUUUUGCUGAUCCGCAGGGCCUCUCUUAUGAACGGUUUCGCCAACCGCAAUCAAGUUUUCAAGCAGGCUCCUCCACUUUCCCUCAGGGACCAUCUUCUGGACCAGCUCCCACUCAAGCAGGACCAUCUGCUGCCCCAGGGGCAGAUUCGUUUCAUGCCAGACAGACGCGUGCUUCUUUCCCUUCCCCACAAGGGUUUCGCCACUUCCGCCAGCCUCGUGCAAGCCCAGCUGGUUCCGGGGAGCCGCCCGCUUCUUCUGAUAUCCCCCUAGCUGGACCACCUCGGGAGCGUUCAAUGCCUGAUAUCAAUGGUUUGAGACUCAGCCCGACUAUUCCAAGCGUUGACAUAGGCAUGGAUCAGAAUGUAGGCCGCAUCGUUGAACCUCCAACCUGGGGAGUUCGCGCCCUCAGCCCACUAGCAUACUCCACUGGCCUUUCAAAUAAUGACGUUGAUGGUGGUGAGGAAGAGCAAGACGUUUGGGAAGAAGGAGUGGAUGAGGACACAUAUGGCGAUGGGGAAGAGCGAGAGGACGAGGGCGAUGACGAAGGCGAGGACGAGGACGAUGACGAUGACAUAGACGAUGUCAGAGAUGGAGGGCGAUGGGCACCCCUUGAUCGCUUUUCAGAAAAGUUCGAUAGCCUUUCUCGCCAUCUUACUGAGGUUACAGCAAAUAUAAGAAAUAUAGAAACACGAUUGCAGAAUAUGGGUCCUGCUACCUCGACUCUACCGGUGGGACGAAGUGAAAGAACGAAGGCGCCUAAGCUAACAACAACCCCUUGCCAUGCAUCGCCCUUAAAAAACACAUUGCACAUGGAAGUCAGGAAACAUCUUAUGGACCUCUUAGAACAAAAUCCUGAAGAAUGCUUCGUGUCGCUAGAUGAAGCAGAAGAAUGGGCUCAAGGAUGGAAUCCAGGACUGAACCAGUCAUGCUGUACGAUUGAUCUCUUCAGGGUCGAUCUGCAUGCCCCGCGCAGCGCAUGGAAUAAAUCCGCAGCGCGAAUAUUCGUUCUUGACUUCGCUCGCUUUCAUCAAUUGAACGACAUGACUCUCACCGCAUAUGACAAGAUAGAGAAGGCUUUUUUUACGAGGAUGAGAACUCUGCGGUCAUGUUACAUGCGCCUUCAGAAACCUAACACAAUGCGAAUAUCGGAAACUCAGAAGUUGAGAAGAUAUGCGAGGAGACGAGCACUUUUUCUUAGGCGGUUGUAUAUUGCCGAUUCGCAUCAUCUACUCAGAAGGCAUGUUAAUAUAAUACAGCGACUUGGUGUAGCAGGGAUGUCAGACGACGAAUCGGAAACAGAGGAGCUCUCACGAAAUCCUGCCAUUGGUCAGCGCAUUCCUCUGUUCUACACUGUUCAGCCGAGGUGGAGAAUGACGGGUGUUACGGAAUGGCUUCACACCUUCGAUGCCGUUUACAUGAUCACACGGAGGACUGAAGGCCCCUCCCGAGGGGCGUAUCCUCGAGUGCGAUUUUAUGAAAGGGACCCGCCAACUGUAGACGAUUCAAAACGCUUUGUCGCUGAUCUGCCCAAGAACGCCUACAACGCCACUUGGCUCGCUUGGAAACCAGAUAGAGAUCAUUCCGUUCGUCCACAGCAGCCUGAAUAUGAUUUUUCUCAUGAUCCGGGAAUCUUCCGCCUAUUAUCUUCUGUUGACCGUUCGUACGCGAUGUAUUGGUAG